UGGCCUGCAGCACACCCCAUGGCCUGCCUGAGUCCCUCACAGCUCAAGAAGUUCCAGGAGGAUGGGUUUCUGCUGUUGGACGGAUUCCUGACAGCAGACGAGUGUGCGGCCAUGCAGCAGAGGAUUGGUGUGGUCGUGGCUGAGAUGGAUGUCCCUCUGCACUGCCGUACGGAGUUUUCAACCCAGGAAGAUGAGCAGCUUCGAACUCAGGGCAACACAGACUACUUCUUGAGCAGCGGUGACAAGGUUCGGUUCUUCUUUGAGAAAGGCGUUUUUGACAAGAAAGGACAAUUCUUGGUCCCACCAGAGAAAUCUAUCAACAAAAUUGGCCAUGCUCUGCAUGCCCAUGACCCAGUCUUCAGGAGCAUCACACACUCUCCCAAGAUGCAGGUUUUGGUCAGAAGUUUGGGCUUCCGGAUGCCGGUGGUGGUACAGAGCAUGUAUAUCUUUAAGCAACCUUACUUUGGCGGUGAAGUCUCCCCUCACCAGGAUGCUACCUUCCUGUACACGGAGCCCCUGGGCCGCGUGCUGGGCGUGUGGAUUGCAGUGGAAGAUGCCAUGCUGGAGAACGGCUGCCUCUGGUUCAUCCCUGGCUCCCACACCAGUGGGGUGUCAAGGAGGAUGAUCAGAGCUCCUGCAGGCUCCGAGCCUGCCACCAGCUUCCUUGGGUCAGAGCCAGCCUGGGAUGACAACCUCUUUGUGCCUUUGCCAGUGAGGAGAGGGGGUCUGGUCCUGAUCCAUGGAGAAGUGGUGCACAAGAGCGAGCAGAACCUUUCCGACCACUCACGCCAGGCCUAUACUUUCCACCUCAUGGAGGCUGCAGACGGCACCGUCUGGAGCCCAGGGAAUUGGCUCCAGCCCACAGCUGAGCUGCCCUUCCCACCACUCUACAGCUAAGCACCCAGCUGGUACCCCCAGAGUGUAGCUGUCAAUCCCACAGCCUCUGGCUGCCGCAACCCAAGGGCACUUCCUGGAUGGCCCUUUCUUUCUGAUGUCUGUGACUUUAGUCCAGCAGACAGGGUUCAGCAGUCACAAAGCAGAAGUGACAGGGCACCAGCCCAGGCUUGGUGACAGGCUUCCUUCAAAGUUUUUGUCUCUUUGUCACCUUUCUGUCCCAACCCAGCUUUCUGAAGUGGCCUCUCAGCAGUG